GAAUUCAAAUUGAGAAUUCGGAGGGAGAGCGGGCGAUCGUGUUUACCGGUAAGUUUCUUUCACCAUCACCAUUUCUUCGGUUUCUGUUUCAAUUUCAUUUUCAAUUUGAAUCAUGUUUUGCAAUCAUCUCUGCAAAACCCUAAUCAACGCGAGGAUAGUUAAUAGAUUCUCAGCCUCUCAACUGUACAAUCUACAAUCUCCAUUGCUAUUUAUCAGACCCACCUCAAGCAAUGCAACAAAUCAACAUUCAUUCACAGUUUCUUACCUCAUAAACACUUGUGGAUUCUCGCCGGAAGCUGCUCUAUCAGCUUCCAAAUACGUUCAUUUCGACGCCCCGGACAAGCCGAACUCGGUCAUCGCCUUCUUCGAGAAACAGGGAUUCUCCAGAAAUCAAGUCCUCACUUUACUCAGAAUAGCUCCGCGCUUGAUAUUGUAUCGUCCUGAGAAAACCCUUCUUCCCAAAUUCAAUUUUCUGUUCUCCAUUGGCUUUUCGAGAUCUGGCCUUGCGAAAGCCAUGACUUCGUGCCCUCGAGUUCUGGAACGAAGCUUGGAGAACCAAAUCGUUCCGUGUUUUAAUUUCUUGAGGGAUUUGUUUCAGUCACACGAGAAGACCAUUACUGCUCUUAAACGCUACCCGGGGAUGCUCGGCCAUGAUUUUGAGAAAAAGUUGGGACCGAACUUUGCAAUUCUGCGAGAACAAGGAGUACCCGAAUCGAAUUUUGCAGAUUUACUUACAGUGGUGCGUCGUGCAAUCGUAAUGAGGACUGAUGUGUUCAGAGAGGCUGUGCAGAAGGUAUGCAAAAUGGGUUUGGAUCCUUCAAGGAAAAAGUUUGUUUUAGCUGUAUCCAUAAUGAUGUCAAUGAGCAGAAGGAAGUGGGAGAGGAAGAUGGAGGUAUAUAGGAAUUGGGGUUGGUCCGAUGAAGAUGUUCUUGUUGCUUUUUGCAAAUAUCCGUGGUGUAUGGCUGCUUCUGAGGAGAAGAUAAGGGCUGUGAUGGAUUUCUUUGUCAAUACAAUGGGCUGGGAGUCUUCCCUCAUUGCCAGAAACCCUACGGUGAUUGUACUGAGCUUGGAGAAGACAAUUGUUCCUAGGAGUUUGGUGGUUCAAAUCCUAUUGUCAGAGGGUUUGAUUAAGAAAAGAUUCAGCUUAAAUUCAUUGUUAAAGUCUUCUGAAGAGUUGUUCUUGAAGCGAUUUGUGAGAUGUUAUGAGAACGAAGCUCCUCAGCUGUUGACACUAUACCAGGAGAAAUUGAAUUGCUCCCCGCUAGUUAAUGGAAAAAAUACUGUGAUUAAACAUUUGUAGUGUACUGGUAUGCAUACUUUCUGCUGUGUUUCUUGCUUCUGUUGAUUUUGUUGAUGCUUCCUCUGGGAGAGGAAGAUGGAGGUGUAUACGAAGUGGGGUUGGUCUGAUGAAGAUGUUCUUGUUGCUUUUUAUAACUACCCAUGGUGUAUGGCUGCUUCUGAGGAGAAUAUAAGGGCUGUGAUGAAUUUCUUUGUCAAUACAAUGGGUUGGCAGUCUUCCUUAAUUGCAAGAAACCCUAUGAUGAUUGUAUUGAGCUUGCAAAAGACAAUUGUUUCUAGGGGUUUGGCGGUUCAAAUCCUAUUGUCAGAGGGUCUGAUUAAGAAAUAAUUCAGCUUAUAUUCACUGUUAAAGUGUUCUGAAGAGUUGUUCUAAAAGAAAUUUGCGAGAUGUUAUGAGAAGGAAGAUCCUCGGCUGUUGACACAAUAUCAGGAGAAGUUGAACUGCUCCCCACUACCUAAUGAAGAAAAUAUUGUGAUCAAACAGUUGUAGUAUACUGGCGUGCAUACUUUUUGCUGUGAUUUUUCCUUCUGUUGAUAUCAUUGAUGUUUCCUCAACUCUAGUUAGGUCCUUGUAACAAUUUUGAAGUUUAUUUAUAAAAAUGAUUCCUUUUAGAUUCA